AUGUCAUCAUCCGACGAAGAAAUAGUCGUGCGGAAUCCGUAUACUGCAACUGCGAGUAAUGGACUACGUAGCAGCCAUAGGUCACAUGUAUCACGUGAGCAGGAGUCAAAAAGUCGUGCGUUGGAAGAAAUGAAACGAGCACGUGAUGCUGGUACCGUGCAUCGAGUAAAUGUAGCGAAUUUGGUAAAGCCUGUGUAUGAAGAAGUGGAUGAGGAUGAAUAUGUUAGAAUUGUGCAAGAACGGCAGAAGGAUGAUUUUGUUGUUGAUGAUGAUGGUAGUGGCUAUGUUGAUCAUGGUUUCGAUUUCUUUGACGAAGAACAAUGCACUGCAACAAGAAAAGCAAUGAAAGCAAAGGAAAGAAGAGGUGAUAAAGUGAAAAGGAAGGGGAUUGGUAACUUUUUUCAUGCUUUAAACAUAAAAAAGAUGAAAGAAGAGAAUACAGUAACUGUAACUGAUGACCCGGAUGUAGAAGCAUUGCUUAAUGAAUGCGAUUCGUCAAACUUUUUGAAGAAAAGUGCAAAUGAAAAAGUGGAUGGUUCAAAAACCGACAAUGUUUCAUUGAUUAGAAAUCACUGUUUUGAUUCAAAAAUAACAGCAAACUCGAUCAAAACUCAUCAAAUGAUAAAACUCAAUGAACGCAGGGAACAUUUGAAUGUGACUGCAUCGCAUUCUCCCUCUCCGAUAAGUAAUGUAGGAAAGUCAACGAAUUUGGAAUCUAUAUCUGAAAAAGAAGUUAGAAAGGUAUUUAGCAAAGAAUCGUCAAAAGAGCAAGUCAAAGAGUAA